GUGUCAUACUCUAAAUUAAUUGGAUGCACCUCCCUCAUUUUGGGAUAUCUAGCUGUAUUAUUUUUCUGUUUCUUUUGUUUCUUCCUUUUUCUUUUGCUUCUUUUGGUAUAAAAACAACUGAUUUGAAGACCCUUUUGGAAAUUUUGAUUUUGAGAAGUUUGUUUGUUCACAAGAGUUGUAUAGAGCAAGAAAAUUCUGGGUUUUUUUGUUUCUUCAGUGUUGGCAUGGAGGACCCUGAAAAGAUUGCUUUUUAACUUGACUGCAGAUUAGAGAUUUUGAUAGAAGAGCAAAUUGAGUUAGCAGCCAUGGCUUAUGGCAAUUCGAGAUCCGUAAGAUUUCAAGAUGACCCUGAAUUUGCGAAGCUUCCAGUGGUAAAUGGAGAUAAUGUUAUUAAGGUGAAAUUCAAGAUUGAUGGAACACAAUUUGCAGAAUCAACUUCUCAGAGGGGUGAGAGGGAGACUGGACGCAGGGGAAGAUCCUUGAAAGCUAAAGUACUAUCAAGAGUCUUUUCGGAGGACUAUGAGAGGGUAAAGAAGAAGAUUUUGGAUCCUCGAGGUCCAAUCAUUCAUAGAUGGAACAAAUAUUUUUUAGUAGCAUGUUUAGUUUCUUUGUUCGUGGACCCCCUGUUCUUUUAUUUGCCGGUGGUCAAGGACAACCUUUGCAUUGAUAUUGGGACAACCCUUGAAGUGAUUCUUACUAUUGUAAGGUCAAUUACAGAUGCCUUUUACAUGAUUCAGAUUUUUGUAAGGUUUCGUACAGCUUAUGUAGCACCUUCUUCCCGUGUCUUUGGGAGAGGAGAACUGGUAAUAGAUUCUUCAAAGAUAGCUGAGAAGUAUUUACAUAAAGAUUUUUGGAUUGAUUUGAUUGCUGCACUUCCCCUUCCUCAGGUGUUAAUAUGGAUUGUUAUACCAAGUUUGAGGGGUUCAACCAUGGCAAACACAAGAAAUGUCCUUAGAUUCAUUAUCAUUUUCCAGUACCUCCCCAGACUAUUUCUUAUAUUUCCACUAUCGGCACAGAUUGUCAAGGCCACUGGCGUUGUGACAGAAACAGCAUGGGCAGGAGCUGCCUACAACUUGAUGCUCUACAUGUUAGCAAGUCAUGUUUUAGGAGCUUGCUGGUAUCUUCUAUCAAUCGAGAGGCAGGAAGCAUGUUGGAGAAGCUUUUGUGAUAUUGAGGGAUCAUCAUGUAAACAUGAAUACUUUGACUGCUGGAAGGUUACUGACCCUGUUAGAAGCAACUGGUUCAAGUCCAGCAAUAUCACAACAAAAUGCAAUUCAAAUGCCGACUCCUAUCCGUUUGGUAUCUAUGGCGAUGCUUUGACCUCUGAUGUUACAUCCUCGCCGUUCUUUAACAAGUAUUUUUAUUGUCUAUGGUGGGGAUUAAAGAACCUAAGUUCUCUCGGGCAAAAUCUCGGAACAACCACUUAUGUGGGAGAAAUAAGUUUUGCUAUUGUCAUUGCAGUUAUGGGAUUAGUUCUCUUUGCAUUGCUCAUUGGAAAUAUGCAAACAUAUCUCCAAUCAACCACAGUUCGAUUAGAAGAAUGGAGAAUUAAGAGAACAGAUACAGAACAAUGGAUGCAUCACAGACAACUUCCUCAAGAACUAAGGCAAGCAGUUAGAAAAUACGACCAAUAUAAGUGGGUUGCUACUAGAGGGGUUAAUGAAGAAGCUCUUCUGAAAGGUCUUCCACUGGAUCUGCGGAGAGAUAUAAAGCGACACCUUUGUUAUGAUCUAGUUCGACGGGUUCCCCUAUUUGAUCAAAUGGAUGAACGAAUGCUAGACGCUAUAUGUGAGAGGCUUAAACCUGCCUUGUGCACCGAGGGCACUUGCCUAGUGCGUGAGGGCGACCCUGUCAACGAAAUGCUAUUCAUAAUCCGAGGCAACCUUGAUUCAUACACCACAAAUGGUGGUCGUACAGGCUUCUUCAAUUCCUGCCGUAUUGGUCCAGGUGAUUUCUGCGGUGAAGAAUUAUUAACUUGGGCCCUUGAUCCUCGGCCAAGUGUCAUCCUCCCAUCAUCCACUCGUACAGUAAAAGCCAUUUCUGAGGUUGAGGCCUUUGCACUCAUUGCCGAGGACUUGAAGUUUGUGGCCUCCCAGUUCCGAAGACUGCACAGUAAACAACUCAGACACAAAUUCAGAUUCUACUCUCACCAGUGGCGAACAUGGGGUGCAUGCUUUUUACAAGCAGCAUGGCGUCGAUACAAAAAACGCAAGAUUACUGCUGAGCUUAAAGCUAGAGAAAACCCUGCAGCAGCUCAGUCAGAAGCUUCAAGGGAUAAAAAAGUGCCUUCACCGGGUUCUGGUUUCGCUUUAUAUGCAGCAAGGAUGACAGCAAGCACUAGGAGAGGUGUAAAUAUACAUCCUGGAUCAAGUACUGGCGUUGUCAACUCAUUGCAAAAGCCAGAAGAACCUGAUUUCUCUGUAGACGAAGAAUAAGUUGACAAUGUGUGGUUUCCUUGUUCUUUAUCUCUUUACAUAGAUGUAUAUGCGCUUCUUUGUUAGUUCUAAACCGGAGAGAUUGAAACUUUUUAUUAUUUUCUUUCUUCAAAUAUUUAUAUCACAAGGUGAUAGGAAAGAUUUACAGAUGUAUAAACAGAAAUUAAGUUGAA